GAAUUGAUCGGUAGUUGGCUGCACCGAGCGGAAAUCUCCUCUAUAUCAGCCAAUAGAGUGCCAGGAUUUGUGUUCUGUUUCACUUCACUACUCACAAAUUGAACAUUCCAAAGGCCGGUCUCCUCCUUCUCGGUGUUCUUUGUUGUCGCUCGCCGCACCUAAAUUCACAAAAAUGCUGUCUGCCGCCAGACUGAUCGCCCCUGCAGCCAGGUCUGCCAUCUUCUCCAACACAGCCCUUGUCAGGCCACUCGCAGCAGUCCCCACACAGACACAGGUUGUGCCGGUCGCACCUCAGCUGUCAGCAGUGCGCAGCUUCCAGACCACAUCGGUCACAAAGGACAUUGACUCCGCUGCCAAAUUCAUUGGUGCUGGUGCAGCGACAGUCGGUGUAGCGGGAUCCGGAGCGGGUAUUGGAACGGUGUUCGGCUCCCUCAUCAUCGGUUAUGCCAGGAACCCCUCACUCAAACAGCAGCUCUUCUCAUAUGCCAUCUUGGGUUUCGCCCUUUCCGAGGCUAUGGGUCUCUUCUGUCUUAUGAUGGCGUUCCUGCUGUUGUUCGCUUUCUAAGCCAAUUACUUUUAAGAACACUACUGCCAUCCCACAUGAUGAGGUUUCAGUGUAUACUAUCUGGAGUGGACGGCCGCGGAAUCAAAUGUGUGGAAACCUCACCCUCAUAGUGAUGCAAGGACUGAUUGUGUGUUUUACACCAGUGCGUCAAGAAUGCAAUUUAUUUAAUUAUGUAGUAUAAAGAAAAUCUGCAAAUAAAAUGUUGUACGUAACAUUGAACUAAAGCUACAGUUAUUUCUAUUCCUGAUAGACUGUUUUGAAAUCAUGUUAUCAUUUUUAGCAGUUUUUUUUAAAAGCCGGUGACGAUAUUUUAAGCCAGUUAACCGUAUUUAUGCGUGUGUAUUGUCUUCGACUUUUGAUGAUUACUGCAUACAGUUUCGAGAAUGUCGGCAUGUAAUGUACAUUUUUAGGGCGAUUAAAUGAUACAAACCAA